CACGCGCAAGCAUGGGUGCGGAACUCGUUCCAGAUCCCGCGUUCAACUACGCCUCCUCGCCCCAUGGAUGAGGCCAAAGCCGGUCCGCUUCGCACGCAUAAUCUCACUCUUACCCGCCUGCACCGCUGCCAUACAUGCCCAACUUCAGCUAAUCACACCAUCUCCCUCUCCCCAGUCCCGUGGCCUCACCCUGUGUUUUCUGUUCUGUCCUUGACAUUGCUCUGGUUGCUAGCGACACACGUUGUCCGCUACAUCACACUUCCCCCUAGUGAUAUCCUACUAGCACCAGGUCCAGCCAAAUCUGACACAUCGGGCCCGUGUGCGUGACCGGACCCCAUACGGCGCAAUUUGACAUCAUAUCAAUUUUAUUGCCAACAAAGAAUAUUUGUAACAAAUCCACCAAACCUCGCCAAGUUUUGUUCUCUCAAGUCCUGGUUCUUGGUCACCCAGAAUCGGACACCAAAGCAUGCAGCCCUAUCCACCAAACGGCCCGCUGGUCGCCGACCGGAACGAAAGCAGUCAUCAUCGCGGCCCACUGAGCAGGACAUGGCCACAGAUUUUCAAAAAGAGGAGGAGAUACAGUCCAGUUCGAGAGAGCGCCCAGCAACAACAGCAGCAGCAGCAACAUAUCCAACCCAAUAAUGUCCAACCACAGGCGCAACCACAGCCAACCCAACAGCAGAUCCAACCAGUUCAGAUACCCAUACAUCCCAUACGACCCAUCCCAACCCCCUCAAUAGCCUCUCAAUCCGUCACCUCUCCCACCGUCUCCUCAAUGCGCUCCCCCUCCAUAGCAGCAGACACUGCAAGUACGAUAUCCUCAAUAUCACACGCCUCCUCCAUCCCACCCCCCAACAAAGUCCCCAUUGCGCGGAGAGGCAGUAGUAUAUCUUCUGCCGAUCGAAAUGGCGCCGGCGGCGUAAUAACCCCACAAGCCGACCUUCUCGCCUCAAAAUCAAACUAUGAACUCAUUUCCUCAGGCCAGCACCUCGAAAUGGGACUUCAUUUUAGCACCGCAAUGGCCUCGGGCGUCAUGAUGAAGCGCGCGACGCACCGUGCGGCCGAGCAAGCCCGGCGCGACCGCAUGAAGAACGCCAUGGUUGACCUUGCGGAGUUUUUGUUAGACGGCGAAGUGACGUUUGGGAGUGGGACGACGUGUUUUGUGGUUAUGAGGGGGAAGGAGGAGGAUUGUAGUAAUGGUAACGGUGGAGGUGGGGGGAGUAGUAUUGCGGAGGACAAGGAAGACGGGGAUGAUAAGAGUAGGCGAUCGAGUGUCGCGGCGGGAGAAAAGAAGACGGUGAAUAAAGCGCGGUUGAUCGAAAUGGCCCUCGAGAAGAUGAGGGCUCAAGAGCGGGAGAUUGAGAUGCUGAGGGCCGAGGUGGAGAGGUUGAAAGUGGACCAACGGCAACAAGAGGUGGAAGAUGAUGGUGUGCAGAGUAUGGAUACUUCGUAACCCUACCAUACACACACACAUGAGCAUACUCCCCUUGUAUGUAUUUUCUCUCUCUAUUUUGGGAUGAAUGAAUGAAAGGAGGGACCCGGAAUGGGCGCGGUAUCUUCACACAUCCUCUUUUUUCAGGUUUGGAGCAUUCUAUCUAGAUAAAGGGCGGUUACUAUCUUUUCUUUUCUUUUCUUUUCGCCAGAAAAGUUAAACGUAUAUCACGUAUCACCUAACCUUAUUUUUUAUUACUAAGGCAUCAAGGAGAAUAUAUAUAUAUGUAUCCAAAGGAGC